CCAUGGGCAGCAUCUACAAGGACUACUUCAACACGGCCAAGAUCCGCGAGCAUUACAACUACACCAAGGGGGGCAGCGCGGACCCUUCAUCCCCUUCAUCCUCCUCCUCGUCCUCCCUGACCCAAACCUUCAUCUCCACCCUCAUCAUCCUCGUCUGCUGCCUCAUCGUCCUGGAGAACCUCUUAGUGCUGGUUUCCAUCUGCCGUAACCCGCGUUUCCAUUCGGCCAUGUUCAUUUUUAUCGCUAAUUUGGCUUUUUCCGACCUAUUGGCCGGGUUGGCUUUUAUGGCCAAUAUCUUGUUAUCGGGUUCGGCCACGUUUCACCUCACCCCAUUACAAUGGUUUAUAAGGGAAGGGACGGCGUUCGCCACCUUGGCCGCGUCGGUUUUCAGCCUCUUGGCCAUCGCCAUCGAGCGCCACGUGGCCAUUUCCAAACCCAAACCCUAUGGGGGCAGCUGGGGCUGGAGGCUGGUGAUCCUCAUAGGGGCGUGUUGGUUGGUGGCGGGGGCCGUAGCGGGGUUACCUAUAAUGGGGUGGAAUUGUAUUAGCGAUAUAAGGGACUGCUCCGUCCUCCUGCCCCUCUACUCCAAGAACUACAUCCUCUUCUCCGUGGUCAUGUUCAGCAUCAUCCUGCUGGGCAUCAUCGGCCUCUAUGCCCGCAUUUAUUGCAUCGUCCGCUCCAGCCACGCGGAUACGGCGGCAUCGCAGACCUUGGCCCUAUUACAGACCCUCACUAUGGUGUUAGGAGCCUUCAUCGUGUGUUGGCUGCCCGCCUUCAUCAUCCUCCUCCUCGACGCCGCCUGCCCCGUCCGCUCGUGUCGGCUUCUCUAUGGGGCCAAUUAUUGCUUCGCAUUCGCCACCCUCAACUCGGCCGCCAACCCCGUCAUCUACACGCUGCGCAGUAAGGACAUGCGGCGAGACAUGCGACGCCUGCUCUGCUGCUGCUGCUUGGGGGGCAAUGGGGCACGUGGGACCCACAGCAUCUAUGGGGCACGGGGACGGAGGGUGCAGAGAGACCCACAUUGCACCACACAGCUGUGAGGGGGGACCCAUAGAUGGACCUUGGGGGCCCCAUAGAUGGAUGGACCAUGGGUGCCCCAUAGAUGGACCAUGGAUGGACCAUGGAUGGACCAUGGGUGCCCCAUAGAUGGACCAUGGACAGCUCCUACGUGCCCCAUGGCGGCUUCUUGGGUGCCCCAUGGAUGCCCCAUAGGGACCCCAUGCAAGGCACAUAGGGACCCCAUACAAGCCACAUAGGGACCCCAUAUAAGCCACAUAGAUGGGAAACAGAUGGGUCCGAAGGCACUUCUUGGGUGCCCCAUAGAUGCCCCAUAGAAGCCCCAUGCGUGCCCCAUAGAUGCUCCAGAGAUGCCCUAUGGAUGCCCUAUGGAUUCCCCAUGGACACCCCAUGGAUUCCCCAUACAUAUGGAUGUCCCAUAGGUACCCCACAGCCACCCCAUGGCCGCCCUAUGGCCACCCUAUAUAUGUCCAUAGGGACCCCAUGGCCGCCCCACAGAUGCCCCAUGGCCAUGACCCCAUGGCCACCCCAUAGCCACCCCAUGGCCACGACCCAUAGGUACUUCCAUGGCCACCCCAUAUAUGAUCCCAAUGGUA